CUAACCGUCUGUGUUGGUCUGCGUCGUUUGUGUCGUGUGUGUUGGUCUGUAUAGUCGUGUGGGUCGUGUGGUUCGUGUGUUCGGACUGGUUGUUCGGUGUUUUGUGGCCGUGCUGAUCGGUACUGAUGCGCUUUAUUCACCGUCAGUUGGAGCUACGUAAAAAUGGCGUAUCGUGGGAUUAGAGGUUCCGACCCAUUUGCUUCAAAAACGACAAGAAAUGAAAGGUUUGCACAAAUGUCAAAACAAGAACAACUUAUUGAGCAGAAGAAGCGAGAAAUACAAGAAAAAUUAGAAGACCAGAAGAAGAAGGAAACUGAAGAGGCAUUGAAAAAGUUGCAAGGUGUAUCUGGGAAUUGCAGAUCAGGCCCUGGAAACAGAUCGAACUCCAACAGUGGCCAACAUAAAGUGAACAGAAAACCGUUCUGGAAAAGCAAUCAAGACCAGCGAUGGAAGAGAGAUUCUUCACAGUCAGAAGAUACCAACAGUUCGAAGGUUCCAGGAUCAGUGAACAUAUUCUCGAAUGAUGGAAGUUUCCUGGAUCAGUUCAAGAAAUUAUCUGGUGUAAAGGAAGUUAAGUCCAAAAAAGGAGAUGAUGUGUCAGUUACAAAUAGUAAUGUCAGUACUGACACAAAAUGUUCAGCUUCUGCUCCUGCAACGUCAGCUUAUCAUAAACAUGCCUCAGACACAGACUGGGGCACGUGGGGUCCACCGACUGAGAAACAGGCUGAGAAGGAAGAAGCCCAUGGUGAAGGAGCUGAACUCCAUACCAGUCAGGACCAGCAGGGAAAUGAGGAUAGGAACCAGGAUCAGGACCAGGACACAGACCACAAGAAUGAAGAUCUGCGCAACAGUGAACGUCUGGGCACAUCACAUUGGUUUCAACAAAAGCACAUCAGUAGUGGUUCAUGGCAGCAGCAGGGGCGGAAUGACACUGGGGCAGCUUGGCGUGGGCAGGAUUCACCUUCACCUCCAUCAUGUUGCUCUAGUACUACUGCCCCCAACAGGUCCUCCUCUCCUUACUCUCCAUCUAGUGCUACUGUAGAGAACAAGGAAGCUGUUCCACCCAUAAACAUAACAUCUACAAGUAAGGGUCCAGUUCAGUACUCAGUUCCUAGCAUUCGUCCUUCCCCCAUCAUGCCUCUCCUUAACCCACCUCAACACCAGUUUAUUACCUACUCUUCCCCUCCACCUCCUCUGCAUAGUAUCCCCCCACCAUCACCCAUGCAACCUCAUACAAUUCCUACCCCACCACCCCUUGCUUCUACAUUGAGCAUCCACCCUGCCUCAACUCCAGUCAUACCAGCCAUACCACAGCCACCGCCAACAAUGCAACACCCCCUGCCCUCAUUACAACCAUCCUCACAGUCACUGCCUCCUCAUCUCAUGCAGCAUCCUCCACCACUCUUGCAACAUCAUGCAGUGCCACUGCCUGGAGUCCUUCAGACGCAAGCUUUGGGCCCAACCCCUCUGCCCACAUUGAUGGCACCCUUGUUGCAACACCCUCUUCCUCCUCUACGCCUGCCCCCUGCUGCUUCUGCCCCUGCCUGCCCACAACCUGCAGCAGUCCCCAGCAUCUGCACUUCUUCUGGAACUGGAGUCUCUCCAGCAGCAAUGGGAGUGGUGCAGGCCAGAGGGCCAAACGGUGGACAGUCUAGUGAUGCGCCAGCAGAUCCAGCUGCAGAUGAGGCCAGGAACCAUUUGGCUCGCACGGUGGCCCAGUGUGGUGAUGACAUAGAGCAGAUUAUACUUGUACGCAAUCCGGAUGAUCCCUCACUGUGGUUUCUGAGUGAUAAGGAAUGCCCUGCAUAUCUGCAGUACCGACAGUUAGUGGAAAAGUUCCGAAUGGAAAUGAAGAGCACAAGCAUUUGUGAGGAUGCAUCCAACAGUGAAGUAAAAGAUGAACCAACAGCAUGUGUGAAGCAAGAGCAGGAUGAGUAUGCUCCUCUUAGUUUCCAGCCAGAGAGCAGUUCAGUGAUCACAGCAUCCACAAAAAGGGAGCAUCCCGAUGAUAUGACUCCAGUCAAGCAGGAAAAUGCAAGAAGUAGCAGAAAAGAUCAGGAAGAUGACAAUUCACAUCAUAGUGAAGUUUCUGGUAAGCAGUCUGGAGAUGAGAGUGAUGAAGGUGAGGCAAAUGUACGUCCUAGACGUAAACGGCGUAGUCGCUGGGCUCCUGAAACUGAAAAGAUGCCUGUCUUACUUGGCACUGCCAUGGCUGAAACUGGUGCUGCCACCACCAUACCCCAGGAAAUAGUUCAGCCAGUUCCUGCUGUAAUAUCAGGAGCAGCACCUGCAGGCACUGCACAGUUGCUCAGUAAAGUUACUCGUACAGAUCCUGCACUUAUCCAGUAUGCUGCGCAGGCUUUUGGCACAGUUAACCUGUCUGAGGAAGACUGGAAGAAGGCAGAGGAUCAUUACAAAAUAAAUCUGUUGUAUCAAGAUAUGCUUCGCAAGCGCCAGGAACUGGAGCGCCUACAGCGGGCAGGCAAGUUCAAAUAUGAAUAUGAUAGUGAUGAAGAGACUGAUGGAGGUACAUGGGAACAUCGUUUGCGAUUACAAGAAAUGGAGGCCACCCAACGCUGGGCUGAAGAACUGACCGAGAAAGCCAAAGGCAAACAUCACAUAGGUGACUUCCUGCCACCAGAUGAGUUGGAGAGGUUUCUUGAAAAGUACAAUGCUCUGAAGGAAGGACGUGAGCCUGACCUCUCAGACUACAAAGAAUUCAAGUUAAAAGAAGAUAACAUUGGCUUUCAAAUGCUUCAGAAGUUAGGCUGGACAGAGGGUCAAGGUCUUGGCUCAGAGGGACAUGGCAUUGUUGACCCUGUUAACAAAGCAUCAUCAAGACCAGAAAACCAGGGCCUUGGGGUAGAGCGUCCUGACGAUGUGAGCCAUGGAGAUGAUGAAUAUGAUGCCUACAGGAAACGCAUGAUGCUUGCAUACAGAUUCCGCCCAAACCCGCUUAAUAAUCCAAGGCGUCCUUACUACUGAACUGGACUGUACUUAAGGAGAGCGUCUGUAUGUCAGAAAAUGAUUUCUUCAGUAAGGCCGCUGGUACAGUGUCAUUUUGAAGGAUACUGACUUUUUCCAGUGGUACUUUAUAUAUUUGAGUCUGGAUAAAAAUUUGCAAGAAUUUCAUUGUUGUGUUUAAUUUUCAAGAAAAUUUAACCUUUAUUUUAUAUCCAAAUAUAUCCCAUCAACUGGCUAAAUCACCAGGAAUUUUGUGUUAUGCUAAGCAUUGUUGGUGAAUGGAUAUUCGGGAUAGUAACAAAUGAAGUUGCAUGUUUGUACUUAAAACUGCAAUUCAUAAUUAAGAAAAAAUGACAUACAUGUGUUUGUUUCAUUUAUGUGUGAUAAAUGCUUCAUAAUCAUUUUUCAGUUAAUGUUUUAUUUUUUCAGUCUAUGUAUACAAAAAUAUACAUCAUUUUUGGUUUAGAAUGAAACUCCCCAAUUUAAGAUUUCUUCUGGGAGCAGCUGAUUUGAGCACUAAACUGAGUAAAAUCUUAAAUGGACAUAGUCUAGCAGUGAACUUAUUGACAGGGUUCAUUGAAUCUGGAUGUUGAAUAAGGGAAAACUUUGAAAUGAGGAACAUUAAAUGGUGGUUCUGGUGCAUGUUAUUUUGCUUCUUUAUUGAA